CUCCACUCCACUCCACUCCCUCGGGUGACUUCCCCGUGCGCCCGUUCUUCCGUCCGUCCGUUCGUUCGUGGUAACCUGGCAGCAGUCUGUCUGGCCGCUCUGGCAACCGACCCAGCUCCGCGAGGCAGAGAAAGAGAAGCAGCGGGAGCGAGCAAAGCAAACCCCGAUCCGCAUUUGCUGCGCUCGUACUUAAACCCCCACCACCGAGAAGCGCGCCCCGCGGCAGCAGCAGGACAGGAGAGGGUUCGAGACGCGCGCGCUCUCCCCGCACUGAGCGGGGGCGAUCCACCGUCGUCGCAUCUCCAGCUGACCGGCUCCGCCCAUGGCGACGCCGGGCGUCGGCCUCGGGGCCGCGUGCCUCGCCGCGGCCGCCUCGGUGGCCCCGCGGCGGCGCGCCGAUCCAGCGGCCCCUCUCGCCCGCCGCGCGCGGCUCCUCAGGCGCGUCGUGCGCGGGCGCUGCGUCGCGGAGCUCAGCAGGGAGGGGGCCCCAGCGGCCCCGUCCCAGCCGCCGGUGCCGCGCCCGUUGCCUUCCGCCGACCAGCAGCUGCCUCCGCCGGUCCUGCCCAGCUUCCUCGCGCCCACGGAGGCGCCGGCCCCGACGCCGCUGCCCUUGCCGGACGCGGACGCCGGCGUCGGGGAACUCGGCCCCGAACUCGAUAUCCAAGGGAUUGCUGAGGAUUAUAUUGACAGCACAGAUGUUGCUGCAAGUGAGCAGGAUUCUGAGAUCAUGGAUGCAAAGGAGCAAUCUCAAGCUAAAGUUACACGUAGCAUCGUGUUUGUAACUGGUGAAGCUGCUCCUUAUGCAAAGUCAGGGGGACUAGGAGAUGUUUGUGGUUCACUACCAAUCGCUCUUGCUGCUCGUGGUCACCGUGUGAUGGUUGUAAUGCCAAGAUACUUAAAUGGGUCCUCUGAUAAAAAUUAUGCAAAGGCAUUUUAUACUGGGAAGAACAUUAAGAUUCCAUGCUUUGGUGGAUCACAUGAAGUUACCUAUUUUCAUGAGUAUAGGGACAACGUCGAUUGGGUGUUUGUUGAUCAUCCGUCAUAUCAUAGACCGGGAAGUUUGUAUGGAGAUAAUUUUGGUGCUUUCGGUGAUAAUCAGUUCAGAUACACACUCCUUUGCUAUGCGGCAUGUGAGGCCCCACUAAUACUUGAGUUGGGAGGAUAUAUUUAUGGACAGAAUUGCAUGUUUGUUGUGAACGAUUGGCAUGCCAGCCUUGUGCCAGUCCUUCUUGCUGCAAAAUAUAGACCAUACGGUGUUUAUAGAGAUUCGCGCAGCACUCUUGUCAUACAUAAUUUAGCACAUCAGGGUGUAGAGCCUGCAAGUACAUACCCUGACCUGGGAUUGCCACCUGAAUGGUAUGGAGCUUUAGAAUGGGUAUUUCCAGAAUGGGCAAGGAGGCAUGCCCUUGACAAGGGUGAGGCAGUUAAUUUUCUGAAAGGUGCAGUUGUGACAUCAGAUCGAAUUGUGACUGUCAGUCAGGGUUAUUCAUGGGAGGUCACAACUGCUGAGGGUGGACAGGGCCUGAAUGAGCUCUUAAGUUCCCGGAAAAGUGUAUUGAACGGAAUUGUAAAUGGAAUUGACAUUAAUGAUUGGAACCCCACCAUGGACAAGUGUCUCCCUUAUCAUUAUUCUGUCGAUGACCUCUCUGGAAAGGCCAAAUGUAAAGCUGAAUUGCAGAAGGAGCUGGGUUUACCUAUAAGGCCUGACAUUCCUCUGAUUGGCUUUAUUGGAAGAUUGGACUACCAGAAAGGCAUUGAUCUCAUUAAACUCGCCAUUCCGGAUCUCAUGAGGGACGACGUUCAGUUUGUGAUGCUUGGAUCUGGGGAUCCAGUUUUUGAAGGCUGGAUGAGAUCCACAGAGUCGAGCUACAAGGAUAAAUUUCGUGGAUGGGUUGGAUUUAGUAUUCCAGUUUCCCACCGAAUAACUGCUGGCUGCGAUAUACUGUUAAUGCCAUCCAGAUUCGAACCAUGUGGUCUAAAUCAGCUAUAUGCUAUGCAAUAUGGUACAGUUCCUGUUGUUCAUGAAACUGGGGGGCUCAGGGAUACAGUCCAGACCUUUAACCCUUUUGGUAAAACUGGAGAGGAGGGUACAGGGUGGGCAUUCUCACCACUAACAGUGGACAAAAUGUUGUGGGCAUUGCGGACUGCAAUGACAACAUUCAGGGAACACAAGCCGUCUUGGGAAGGGCUAAUGAAGCGAGGCAUGUCGAAAGACCAUACAUGGGACCAUGCCGCUGAGCAGUACGAGCAGAUCUUUGAGUGGGCCUUUGUGGAUCAGCCUUAUGUCAUGUAAACCGAACCUGGAGCUCGAAGCAGCCGCCGUCUCUUUGAACUCGGAAGACGUGUUCCCGUUGUUCCUUGGCCAGAAGGAUACCCUGUACCCUGUACAUUACAUGGAACGCAGACCAGCCUACAGUAGGGAGUUGCAAACCAUCGUUCAGGUUAGCCUUGUGCGCCUGCUGCUUGGCCGGUUUGGAGUAAAUGACCGCAGCUUUGGGGGAAUGACAACUACAGUUCUGAAGAAUAAGAAGAGGAUGCUGCUGCGAGCGGGUUGUUGGGUAACUUGAGAUCCACAUGGUUAACACCGACGCGAGCAAACCUCUCAGUGUUACAGUCUGAAACUGACCAGCUUUAGUUCCAGUUAAACUAGUCCUUUUUCAUCUCAACUUUGUUACCUCUGUAUGUAUGCUGUCCUUAGCCGAUAAAUUUUGAUUCGUUGGAGAACUGUUCCUUUU